AUGAACGGCUAUGGCUCCCCGUACCUCUACAUGGGCGGCCCGGUGUCGCAACCGCCGCGGGCUCCGCUGCAGCGGACGCCGAAGUGCGCCCGGUGCCGCAACCACGGCGUGCUGUCCUGGCUGAAGGGCCACAAGCGCUAUUGCCGCUUCAAGGACUGCACCUGCGAGAAGUGCAUCCUCAUCAUCGAGAGGCAGCGGGUGAUGGCCGCGCAGGUGGCGCUCCGCCGGCAGCAGGCCAACGAAAGCCUGGAGAGCCUCCUCCCGGACUCCCUGCGCUCCCUCCCCGGGCCGCCGGGCAGCACCGAGCCCCCCACGCCGCCGCCGGGGCCGUCGCCCUGCGCCGCGCCGCCGCGGACCCCCGCCGAGCUGGCCGCCGCCGCCGCCCUUCGCUGGGCCGCCGAGCCGCCCCCCGCGCUCCCGGGGCCGCUCCCCAAGGCAGAUGUGAAUGAGGAGCGGCUGGGUGAUGCAAGUGGAGCAGACAAUGCUGAGACCUACAGUGACAAAGACACAGACCAAAGGAGUUCCCCAGACAUGACCAAAUCCAAAAGUUGUUUCAACCCUGACAGCCCUGAAAUUGUUUCAGUGGAUGAGGUUGGUUUUGCAGUUCAGAAAAAUGGUGGGAGCACAGAGAACCAUCCAGAGAGCUCCAAGUACCACCCAGAGCAGAACCACCUCCUGAUAGAAGGUCCUUCUGGGACAGUUUCUUUACCAUUCAGUUUGAAAGCAAACAGACCCCCACUUGAAGUCUUGAAAAAGAUUUUCCCUAACCAAAAGCCAGCUGUGCUAGAGUUGAUCCUGAAGGGGUGUGGCGGUGACCUGGUGAGUGCUGUAGAGGUUCUCCUGUCCAGCCGGUCUUCAGUGGCCAGUGGAGAGAGAACUUCUGCAGAAUCGGAUGGUCUUGUUUUGCCUUCCAAUGGCCAUCUUUUUGAACACACACUGAGUUCCUAUCCUAUUUCAUCUUCCAAGUGGUCUGUGGGCUCGGCAUUUAGGGUUCCCGACACUCUGAGGUUCUCUGCUGAUUCCAGUAAUGUUGUGCCAAAUCCUCUAGCCGUACCUUUGCAGCACCCCUUCCCUCAGCCACCACGCUACCCGCUGAUGCUGAGGAACACUUUGGCAAGAAACCAGUCCAGCCCAUUCCUGCCCAACGACGUCACCCUGUGGAACACCAUGACAUUGCAGCAGCAGUACCAGCUGCGGUCCCAGUACGUCAGUCCUUUCUCUGGCAACUCAGCCACUGUUUUCCGAAGCUCGCCUGUCCUUCCUUCCCGCUCGUCAGAAGAUCCUAGGAUUUCAAUUCCUGAUGACGGAUGCCCAAUUGUGUCUAAGCAACCAAUUUACACAGAAGAUGAAUAUGAGGACAGGUCUGAUUCUUCAGACUCAAGAAUACUCAACACAUCUUCUUAGACUGACGUUUGACACGUGACAGCUAAGCGAUACUCACAGUGCAGCUGAACUACUGGUCCCUUAGAGGAGGGACAUGUGCUCCACGAAACUCUUGCAAUUGUAUUCAAAAGUUGCUUGGUAUUGUACUAUAGCAAUAAAGACAUAACUUAUUUAAUUUCUUGCACUUCACUGGAUAAUGCCAAAUAGCAAUACUCUGGCUUUAGUGCUGAGUGUGUGUUGCAAAGGAAGACUUUAUGGCUGCCAGUUAUGGGACUCUAGAAGACUCAUAAUGGAAACAGAAGCCCAAGGUCUACUUUGUUCCUUAACUCAGAAAAAUGGGGAUGUUAAACUAGAAUACUUGAAUGCUGUUUUAUAAUUGAGAACUCCUCAGGACAUAAGAAAUCAAGCAAACAUAGUUCAAUUGCAAAUGGACUAAAACAAGGACCUUAUAGUCUUAUGCCAGUGAUCAUCCUUGCAGUGAAAGAAAAGGCAGAAGAAAGAAAUACACACAUGCAACUAACAUGAGCUGCUUCUGUGCCGUUUGAGCUUGGACACUUUUCAGAGAAAUAUUAUUAAGAGUUAUUCUUUUCCCAUGGCUAGGUCGAAAUGUGUAAUGUCAGUGUAAAACCAAUUACAGCUGUGAAUUGCAUGAAGUGUAUUGUGAAAUGAACACCAGAUUAAGCAUUGUCAGGUUAAUGUAGCAUGCUAAGGACUCUAGAAAAAUAAAC